AUGCAACCUUCAGACCAAGAUCCAGAUUUCUUCCUGCCGCAUGAGACUCCGAGAGCCGCCACAAGGAAGAAACGUCCAGGAGCGUGCACACGAUGCAGAAAUCGCAAGGUAAAAUGCGAUGGCCAAUUCCCUGUGUGCGGCAAUUGUAUGAAAGCAGGCACUGAAUGUGAUGCUAACACCGCCUCAGCUCAGAGACAAAGUCUUCUUAACAGGCUCCGUUAUCUUGAGGCUCUCGUCAAGGAUAACGGAUUGGAGAACAGCCUUCGGGCUGAGACGACUCCAGGCAGGCGUCCAGAGAAGACACUGGGAAAUUCCAAUGCUAUACCUCUAGACAGCACCUUAACCUCGCACUCAAAUACAGGGACGGUUGUCCACUAUGGCGGACAGCAUCCCGUCAACCACGCUGUAUCCCCCCCGGUGGCACCCUUUGCAGCAAAUGUCAGCAAUGGGCCCUCUCCAUGUGGCACCGAAAAUACUGCGAUAGGCGUGCAGCAGCCCAUUGCACAUGAGGUCGGGAUGCUGUCGCUAUCGAACUCUGUAGAGCCCAAGUACAUUGGACCAUCGUCGGGGGUCACCUUCGCGAGGUUGAUUUAUGCUGCAGCGUCAGGAUAUCAAGGUAUCCCUGUCAAUCUGUCCGACCAAAGGCAAGGUGGCAACCAAGACCCUUCUCUCGAGCGAAGCGCUGGAGCUUCACUGCCCAACGUAAGAGACAUGCAUCGUUUUAUUAACGCUUAUUUUGAUACGAUACAUUUCCUCUAUCCGUUUUUGAGCGUAGCGAGCUUUUCGAGAACAGCUGAAAGGAUACGCCAUUCUCAAGCCCAGCCACUGCAGUCAUCUACAGAUUCGUCAAGACCGGAUGAAAGGCCUAUCGAUCAUAUUGAUCAUGCGCAGCUCUUCCUGGUCCUUUUCCUGGGAGCGAAUGUACUUGAGACACGACUGUCACAAAAUUUCAAUGCUGAGAGCUUCCUCGCCACAGCCAUGAUCCAUGUCUCGUUUGUCAGCCUUCACGAAAGUCUUCGGGGGCUACAGACACUUCUUCUACUCACAUUAAGCAGCCUCCAUUCCCCACGCGGUUUGAAUGCCUGGUUCCUCAAGUCGAACAUCCUGGCGGGUUGUAUUGACCUGGGUCUCCAGCGUAAGAAGCACAUUAGCACUCCCGAACCAACAUCUUCGGAAGUUGAGGAGCAUCGAAUCCGCAGCGGCAUAUUCUGGUCUGCAUACUCCCUCGACCGAACGCUGAGUGUGGUGCUAGGGAGGCCUCUCACGUUUCGUGACGAGGCGCUUGACAUUGAAUUUCCCGACGGACUGGGGUCCGAUGAAGUUGAUCAUGACGCCAGCAGAGCUUAUGCUCCGACAUCGAACUAUGACGAACCUUCGCGGAAGAGACAACGGCUGAUGUCGACUCCUGUUACACCCGCGACCUACUCGUUUCGCUUCGAUCGCAUCUUCGGCGAGAUCAAACUCAUGCUGUACAGAGUGGCCCAGUCGCCUUCUCGAUUUCCCUGGCCGACCGACUUUGGAGAAUGGCAAACGAGGACGCGUACCGCAUUGUCCCAACUAUUGGAGGACGCUCAUCUGGACCUUGACCGCCUCGAUUCUUCUUCUGGACUCCCACGCGGUGUGCAUGACAACGCAGUCCUGUCGUUGGACCUCAAGUACCACCAGGCGAUUAUGCUGAUGUACCGGCCCAGCCCGGCCAUACCUCGUCCGUCCGCAUUGGCUUUGAAGUAUUGUUUCGAAAGUGCGGUUGAGACCAUCCAGGCCCAGGCCGAGUUGCAUCGGUUUGGGAACUUUGCGAAUUCGUGGUUGAACGCGCACACGGUCUUCAUCUCGGGCAUCACCAUCUGUUACUGUUUCUGGGUCAGUCAGCAGGUCAGAAGCGUCACGGCUCCAAUCACGUUUACGUAUUACACCGACACGGUGAAGCGGCUGUUGAAAAGCUUGAGCACGACUUGGUUGGUGGCCAGCAAUGCCUUGCAGAAGUUCGAGGCUCUGGUACGACUGACAGAAACAUCAUCUCAACUGCGUACGAAUGAGAUGGUGAAUCACGGUGGUACUGACGAGCGCGGCGCGACGCAGCAACCUGGCGCGAUGGGUUCAGGGGUUCAGCAGGGAUCAUGGCCUCCUUUGCCGCAAGUCGACUUCUCGUCCACCGAGGAUCUAGAUUGGUCUGUUUUCGAUGUCGAGUAUGGUAAUACCGAUGCCUGGCCCGAAAAAUUACAGGAAGUGCCUGAUUGGUUUGUUUUGGCGGACUGGUUGCAUGAUUAUGCAUAA